AUGACAGCUCGCAAUCUCAUGCCCAUCGUCCGCUCGGUUGCUCGAGCCAAGAACUCGUCAGCUCUCGUAGCUGCGGCGUCUAGAUCAGCUUGGCCCGCGAGAGCAAUCCAGACCCAGGCUGCUGCUUCGCGAUCGAGACUCAAUGUGAGCCCGGCCGCCUUCUCUGCCAGUCGCCCCGCGUCUUUGAAGCGCUCGCUGGCCACGCAGACCACCACCCCCGACUUUGUCAUCCCAGUCAUCGACUUUUCCGCCUUUGUGCGACCCGAAGCCACCGAUGCGGACCGAGCACGAACCUCGCAGCAACUCACGCAGGCCUUCAAGUCGUCCGGUUUCGCCUAUCUCAGCAACCACGGCAUCUCGACCGAGCAGAUUGACAACACUUUCGCCAAAUCGGCCGAAUUCUUCAAGCUGCCCAUCGACAAGAAGGAUGAGCUGGCAUGGAAGGAUCCUCGUGCCAACCGAGGCUAUGUCGCCGAGGGACGAGAGCGUGUCACGCAGGCCACUUCAGCAGAAGAGAUCGCAGCGCUUCGAGAGCAAGCACCAGACUACAAGGAGUCGCUUGAGAUCGGCAACGACCACGAUCCAGUCUGGAAGAACGAGUGGCCUCAAGAGAGCGAUGCGCCGCAAUUCAAGGAUACCAUGCUCGCCUUCCAAAAGGCAGCACACGAGCUGCACCUGAAGGUCAUGUCGUCCAUCGCUAUCGGCCUCGGCCUCGACUCGAGAUUCUUCGACGACAAGUGCAACGAAGAGUGGCACACCUUGCGCUUGCUCCACUACCCAAGCGUCAAGACCGACAAGCUCAAGGUCGAGGGUUCGGCAAGGGCGGGCGAACACAGCGACUACGGCUCCAUCACCCUGCUCUUCCAGGACAGCGUGGGUGGGCUCGAGGCAAAGAAUCCGCACACGGGCGUUUACCACUCUGCCGAUCCCAUCCCAGGCACUGUUGUCGUCAACGUGGGCGAUCUGUUGGCGCGUUGGUCCAACGACCAGCUGCGUUCGACGCUCCACCGCGUCAAGGCGCCUCAGGCGGUGGACGCCAAGGCCGAGUACACGCCCACGCGAUACUCGAUCGCUUUCUUCUGCAACCCCAACGAGAACCAGCUCAUCGAAACGCUGCCCAACUUUGACUCGAAGGACGGCCCUAAGUACGAGCGCAUCUUGACCAAGGACUACCUCGCAAAGCGUCUGAGCGAAACAUAUGCCUGA